UGGGCGCCACUCGGGAGCGUCGGGCAGCCGGCGCCUGCGCGCUGCGGGCCUAACGAAUGUCCGGGCCGCGCAUGCGUGGUGCCAGUGUGUGUUGUGAAGUGGAGUUGCUGCCUGAGGAGGAGGCGAGGUUUUCGGUGUCAGACCGCGGGGAAAUCCGCCCUCACACACGGUCUAUGGGAUGGAAGCGGGGCCAGCGACAGCCGCAGCAGUUGGCCCAUAUGUGCCACCUCUGCAGCAGGUGUUCCAGGCACCACGACGACCAGGAAUAGGUACGAUCGGCAAGCCAAUAAAACUACUAGCCAACUACUUCGAAGUUGAUAUUCCGAAAAUCGAUGUUUACCAUUAUGAGGUGGAUAUAAAGCCAGACAAGUGUCCUCGGAGAGUAAACAGGGAAGUGGUGGAGUACAUGGUGCAGCAUUUCAAACCUCAGAUCUUUGGAGACAGAAAGCCAGUGUAUGAUGGAAAAAAGAAUAUUUAUACAGCAACACUACUACCUAUUGGCCAGGAUCGGGUUGAUUUUGAGGUGACCAUUCCUGGUGAAGGAAAAGAUCGGAUUUUUAAGGUUUCCAUUAAAUGGCUGGCAGUAGUAAGUUGGAGACUGCUGCAUGAGGCCCUUGUCAGUGGUCGAAUCCAAGUUCCGUUAGACUCUGUUCAAGCAUUGGAUGUAGCAAUGAGGCACCUGGCAUCAAUGAGGUAUACUCCUGUUGGUCGCUCAUUCUUUUCUCCACCUGAGGGUUACUAUCACCCACUGGGAGGAGGUAGAGAAGUCUGGUUUGGUUUCCAUCAAUCUGUCCGACCUGCCAUGUGGAAAAUGAUGUUGAACAUCGAUGUGUCCGCCACAGCUUUCUACAAAGCGCAGCCAGUGAUAGAGUUCAUGUGUGAAGUCCUAGACAUACGGAACAUCGAUGAGCAGCCAAAGCCUCUUACGGACUCUCAGAGAGUGCGUUUUACAAAAGAAAUUAAAGGUUUAAAAGUGGAAGUGACCCACUGUGGACAGAUGAAGAGGAAAUAUCGAGUCUGCAAUGUUACACGAAGGCCCGCCAGUCAUCAAACGUUCCCACUACAGCUGGAAAGUGGACAGACUGUAGAGUGCACAGUGGCUCAGUAUUUCAAACAGAAAUACAAUCUGCAGCUAAAAUACCCACACUUACCCUGUCUACAGGUGGGACAGGAGCAGAAGCACACUUACCUACCACUGGAGGUCUGCAACAUAGUACCAGGGCAGCGAUGUAUCAAAAAACUCACAGACAAUCAGACAUCAACAAUGAUCAAAGCAACAGCACGGUCAGCGCCCGACCGGCAGGAAGAGAUUAGUCGAUUGAUGAAGAAUGCCAGCUACAACCUUGAUCCUUAUAUUCAGGAAUUUGGGAUAAAGGUGAAAGAUGACAUGACAGAAGUCACGGGCCGAGUUUUGCCAGCGCCAAUUUUACAAUAUGGAGGCCGGAAUCGAGCAAUUGCCACGCCGAACCAAGGCGUGUGGGACAUGCGUGGCAAACAGUUCUACAACGGGAUUGAGAUCAAAGUCUGGGCCAUCGCCUGCUUUGCACCGCAGAAGCAAUGCCGGGAGGAAGUGCUAAAGAGUUUCACUGACCAGCUGCGGAAGAUAUCUAAGGAUGCAGGGAUGCCAAUCCAGGGACAGCCAUGCUUUUGUAAAUACGCACAAGGAGCUGACAGUGUGGAACCGAUGUUCAGGCAUCUAAAGAAUACCUAUUCAGGCCUCCAGCUUGUCAUUGUUAUUCUACCUGGGAAAACACCUGUCUAUGCUGAAGUGAAGCGUGUAGGUGAUACUCUUCUUGGUAUGGCCACACAAUGUGUUCAGGUGAAAAAUGUUGUGAGAACAUCUCCUCAGACACUUUCAAACCUCUGCCUGAAAAUCAAUGUGAAAUUGGGUGGAAUCAACAACAUUCUAGUGCCUCAUCAACGUUCAGCUGUGUUCCAGCAGCCUGUGAUCUUCUUGGGAGCUGAUGUCACACACCCACCAGCUGGAGAUGGCAAGAAGCCCUCAAUAACAGCAGUGGUUGGCAGCAUGGAUGCUCAUCCAAGUCGAUACUGUGCUACGGUCCGUGUUCAGCGACCCCGUCAAGAGAUCAUUGAAGACCUUUCUUACAUGGUUCGAGAACUCCUCAUCCAGUUUUACAAAUCAACCCGUUUCAAGCCAACAAGGAUUAUUUUCUAUAGAGAUGGUGUCCCUGAAGGACAAUUACCACAGAUUUUACACUAUGAGCUCCUGGCUAUUCGUGAUGCGUGUAUCAAACUGGAAAAAGAUUAUCAACCUGGAAUUACCUACAUAGUUGUCCAGAAACGACAUCAUACGCGACUCUUCUGUGCAGAUAAAAGUGAGAGGAUUGGUAAAAGUGGGAACAUACCAGCAGGAACAACAGUUGAUACCAACAUCACCCACCCAUUUGAGUUCGAUUUCUACUUGUGCAGCCAUGCUGGGAUUCAGGGCACCAGCAGACCUUCGCAUUAUUAUGUAUUGUGGGAUGACAAUCGAUUCACAGCAGAUGAGCUUCAAAUCCUGACCUACCAGUUGUGUCACACGUAUGUACGCUGUACUCGCUCAGUCUCCAUUCCAGCACCAGCCUACUAUGCCAGAUUGGUAGCAUUCAGGGCGAGGUACCACCUGGUGGACAAAGAACAUGACAGUGGAGAAGGCAGUCACAUCUCUGGACAGAGUAAUGGGCGAGAUCCCCAGGCACUGGCUAAAGCUGUACAAGUUCACCAGGACACCUUACGCACAAUGUACUUUGCUUAACUCUGUGAUUGUUUAGUCACUUCAACUUGCCAGCCUUCUGGACUAUAAACAGCCAUGCAAGAACACAAAACCACCUUCUACAGAAAAUGUCUUAGUGUUGGAAGGGGUCAACAUGUAUUUUACAAAGGAGCAAUUUUCAAAGAACUAAUAACUGGUGGAGAAAGAUUGACCAAGCAGAUUAUAGGAAAGAUGUCAAACUCUUCUACAUGACAAAAACACAUUUCACAUUUGUUUUAUUUUUUACAUGUAUUUAUGCAAUAUAUUGAUAACUUAAUGUCAAGUGCAAAUGUUCACCACUGCCAAACUCCUGUUAGUUUUUAGAGACACAUGGAUUCAAGAAAUUGCUUGGUAUGCAGCUACUUCAUCGGAAUUAUUCAAGGAUUUUUAAAAAUCUUAUAGGUCCAAAGGCUGAAGUUUGCAACUUAGUGCCUGGAUUAGUAAUUAUUUGAAUCUGUAAGUCUGAUUGACUUGGCAGAAUUUUUUUCUUACAUGUUCCGAAGUUGGCACCAAACAUAUCAGUCACUUUCAGCCUGUUUAUGUUCCUUGUGAUGUCUCAUUUCUUUUAUUGUGCUUUCAAAUUUCAUUCUAACAAGUGCAGUAAGUUGUGUAUUUACACAAUCUAAUGGAAUCUUAAUGUUAUACAAUCACUUUCUAAAGUCUGGACUUUGGAAAGUUAUUAUGAAUAUGUGGAAACAGUACUAAGUCCUGAGGCAGAGCAAAUGGAAACUUGUAAAUUAUUUUUUUAAAAUAUCACAUUAAGAAUCUUAAUAAGUUGUGAUGGCUACAUUUCACUUUUACUGAUACUGUGAGCCACACCUGCACAGCCCCCUUUAAACACAAGAGGGUGUGAAUACAGCAGCAAUGAAACGUAGAUUUAUAGAUUCAGUUUUAGCAGACAGCUGAAUGAAUAAAACUGAGCCUUGGGGUCCUUUUAAGAAUUGCUGUUCUCUGAAUGUCUUUAGUUAUUCAGCGGAAGAAAUGCACACUAACUGAAUUCGCACAGUAGUUCUCUUCAGAAGCUGCUAAUUACUUGGAAGUAUAUGUGGAUGAACAAGAAGCACAGUUUAAAUCUGAUCUUUUUUUAUGAAGUGAACCUGUACAAAGGUGAAGUUUGUUUUAAAUAUUUUAAUCCUUAUUUGGAUUUGUAAUCUUCUUGCUCCCACUUACAGACCACUUAUUUUAUAAAGAGAGAAGGAUGGUAUUAUGUUGACGAUGGAAAAGAUUUGACUGCUUGUAAUCUGAAGAUUUUCUUUAAGAUUUGAUUUUGCAACCCACUCUCAACAUAAAAUAUGUUCCGGGGCAUCACCUUAUUAAGGUUAAUGGAAGAUAUUUCCUGCAUUGUUGGUGUGAAUGCUUAUAGUCUUAAAAGAGUGUCCCUCCUCUGCAGGUAUCACACUUCAUUUAUUGGACCAACCAUCCUGUGAAACCACUGAAUAGAACUUUUGAGCAGCUUUGCCUAUUAAUCAUACCGCCAACUCUAAAUUGAGACAAGUACAAACUUAAAGAAGUAAUUCUAGCUGGAAAAUCAUCCUGGGACACAUGUAAUAUCCCAGUGCUAUAUUUACAGAAUUUAAUGUAAAUGGAAGUUCUUCCACAGUACUCACUCCAAGAUUCAAUAUUCAUAUUGUGGUUCAGUUUUAUAUUCACCAUUUGCACAAGAAAAGACAAUGAGGCACAAUCCAGCCUAAAAACAUAUAUGUAACACUAACAUUAAAAGAUCACUACAAAUUGACAGAUAAAAUGCUUCUGUCAUGCAAGUAUGAUUAUCAAGAGAAAACCAUGUAAGCAUUUCACAAAAUACUUUAUCCUCACCCUGUCCAAUUUUCAUCCAUUGGAAUGUGGUGUGUUGAUGUUCCCUGCUGGUGGAUGUUUCGUGCAAAGUAUCUUUUAUGUCUAAUGAAGGAAAUGAAUAAUUAAGAAACCAUUCAAAGAUCAAGGUCAUGAUUGCCCACUCCCUUUUCCCACUCAGUAUGACCGAAGUUGCUUUGCAGUAGCAAAUGUUGCUUUCUCGCAACAGAAAUCCCGAUUAAUGUGCCCUUUACUGGAUAAAGUCAUUUUUAACUUUGCCAUCUUCAGCAGCUGUCUGUCUGAAAUUCAGUACUUGAUGCAGUCUUAAAUCACAUAGAGGAUGCCAAAUCUCAUGGCUCAGUUUACAUGCUGCCUUUGGCAGUUGCUGUCAAGAGAAUUGUAGCAUCAUUUUUCCGAAGAACCACUGAUUUUUAUGUUAUGGCAAAGUAUCUCAAGUAACUUAAGGAGCAUUUUCAAUUUAAAUAUGUCAUCAAGCCACUUAGAAAGCUGUUUUGGGAGAUGACCAUAAGCUUGAUCAAAAAGUUGAUUUGAGGUGUGAUUUAGAGCAAGAAUCUUAAAGUGCAGCAUAGCGCCCAAGCAUUUGAAGGCAUUUAUCAAAUGCAUAGCAAUUUUAUUUGGGGAAGAUCAAAAGCCUUGAAUUGAAGGACAGCAGAUAUCUUGUAUGGUUCCAGGGCUGGAGGAGAUUAUAGAGAUCCCAGCACAAAAUAUGGAAGAUUUAAGAGCCUUUUUGAGAACACUGCCCCAAAUCCAACUGAAAUAGAUACAAGAUUAAAUUGACAUCUAUAGGAGAAUGAUCAUUACCUCAAGUUACUUUGUUUCUGUCUUUUAUAACUGGCCAUAGCAGAGCUUUAUAUUUGUGACAUCGCCAUUAACUAUUAGGCAUGCAAUGCACAAAAAGUGGGGAGAUCCUUAUAAGCUGGCUUAUCUUGGUGUGAAGUAACGGAAGAGAAGAUGCACUUGAUUGGAAUAUAACUGGAAUUUUAACCUUCCAAGAAAAGUUACAGAAAAGGGGUCAUCGAACUCCUAGUAGUGGAAAAGCCUGUCGCUCAUUUAUGGUCAGUGUACAAUACACUGCCUGUUGGAGUUCACCUGACUUUAACUGAAUACUGAGGAAGUGGAAAAUUAAAUCAGGCUGAGCUACUGUUGUCUAUCCCAGAUAUACUGUGUAUUGGGAUAUACAGAAACUUGGAAGCUAGACACCUUUGCCCUUAAGAAAUAAUGAGUAAUAAGAAAAGCACAAAUUAACUUCAUAUACACACAACUUUCAUUCUCCCUGCUGCCUUAAGUAAUGAAAUUCGAACAAGGACUUAGUUUACAGAGGUUGAUUAACUGCAUAUUCUUGGCUAAUGCAGACAAGGGGGGUCUUUGUGGAAAUGACACAGGGCUUUCCCAGUAACUGAAAUGUAUUCAGUAAAUUGCUGUGUCUCAAAUUCAAUCAUUGAUAUUUGUUGAGUUAGUGGAUUCUAAUUUGUCACAUCAUUAUCUUCAUAUUAGGCACCUGCGUCUGGUCACUCUCCACCAAUCCUUGCUAAAGUAACGGGUAUGGAUUAUCAGGAUUGGUCAUGGUGCCUAAUUGCUGUAAAGAUCAACAUGAAAUCAUGGAACUAGAAUGAAGGUGGCGCCUUUUAAGUUCAAAUCAGAAAAAGAGAGGAGGGUAAAUCUGGUUUGAGCAAAGUUGAAAGGAGCUUAAAACAUCCACAUUUCAGCAUCAUCGGUUAAGAAGGUAUGAGAUGAUCAGUAUAUUAUCCCCCAAUUAUCUAUAAGCUCGUAACUCAUCAAUCCAAUCACCUGGCUUUACCUCCUGAAGUAGAGACUAAUCCCGAGCCAUGUCUGGAUAUUCCUGUUGAAAUAAAAUGUUCUCAGCUAAGGUGUUGCCUUGGUGCUGGGAGUUAUGCUCGAGGCAAAAGUAGUUUAUUUUCUUACACUGAACCAAUAUACUGAAGUUAACAAUAUUUAUAAUUUUCUAUGUUUCUUUUCCUUGCUGCACAAGUGUUUUUAAGAAAUAAAAUGAUUUG